AUGGCACACGACACCCCGCUGCGGGCUCUCAUCACGCCGAACCCCAGCUCGUCUUCCAUGCGGGAGAAACAGCGGCCGUCGUGCGUCCUCUGCCCCGGUCGGCUGUGGCUGGAUGUCCCGGUCUGUCUCGGAUGCGUCGGUGUCGUGCGUCCAAUGCGCGCGUCGUGUGGAGGUGGGCUGGACGUGCACAGUGCCCCCUCCUCACCACACCCCCGCCCGCUCCGCUCUGCUCUGCACAGUCCCUGGGCUGGAGGAGGGCAGCAGUAG